GAGGGAGCGAGGCAGAAAGUGGGGGCGUCAAAGACGAUAGCUAGCCGAUAUAUAAAGCUUCUUCGGUUCUCCGAUGGCAUCAGUUUUCAUACAUUCUCCGUAUACGACGCGUUAAAAUUAUUUUCAUAAAAGGAUCGCUCCGUUUCUACGUACGCUCGAUCGAAUGAAAAAAUAUGUGCGAUAAGAGCUGCAAGAUAUCGAACGAUUGCAUUUAAACGUCCCAGUCGUUUUCUCGGACGAAGAAGAACAAGAGAAGAACGAUCGAAUAUAAAUAGUGAAAAUAAAAAGAUGAAAGUCUCGCUGUUUUAGCACCGAUUGGAUUCGGUGAACCCGAUCGAAUAUCUUUAUAAUCUUUUAUUUAAUUAAACGGAAAGGGAGAUAAAGGAGGAAUCACGUGUAUAGGUCGAAAUAUCAAUCGGACGAAAAUAUCGUAAUACAUUCGAUUAUUAACGAGACGAGAAUAUUCGCGCGAGUGCCACGGCUACGUCUAACCGAUCGACCGUCAGCCUCCAGCAUCGUUAUGUUCUCGAUCGAAUACAGCAAACAAUUCCUGAGCUACCGUAUACUCAAGUCGAACCGGUUCAAAUACAUCUGACGAUACGGACUCGGACUAAGUGCUAAAAAAAGGGGGUUGCGAAGGGCUGAGAAAGAGUGGCGAGUGCGUGUGUUUUAUGUAUUUUAUGCCGGCAACGACUUUGCGUUCCUACGGUCAGCUCAGAAAUCAAGGAUUCAGGAUUCAAGGGUUCUCGAUAAUCAACAAGACCUGGAAAGUCUUGUAAUCUUCGCGUUCGAUGGAAGUAUACGACUUCCUCGACGAUUAGACCGUAGGACAUAAGGAAGCAAUUCCGUUGGCGUAGAUCCGAGACAAAUUUUUCGAAGGAACGGGGAAUAAUAUCGAUCUAAUUAGCUCGUCGAGAAGGAGAAUGCUUCGUAAUUAGUCCUGAAACGAAAAAGGGGAAAGGAUUGCAGGCUGGUACUUACUUUCCAGGACAAGCAUCCGAAAGAGAUCUUCGAUCGAAGCAGCAAUUAAAACCGAAAUCUGCACGUCUUUGGUAGACCCGACGAGGUUCUUCUUUAAAAGGCAGCAAAGGGGAAAAAGGGGAAAGGGGGGGGAAAAAAAAAAAAAUGAUCGUUUACGUUCCGGGCAGAAUGCCAAGCCACGUUGGUCCCUACGGUGCCGCUCGUUAUCCUGGCACCCUGCUAGGAGCGAUCCCGGGUUUUUACAACCCGGUUUCCGGUUACUCCAACUCGAGCUACUACGGGGGCUUGGGCCAGCAACACCAGCAACACCAGCAUCACCAGCUCCACCAGCAACGCCAAGGAUCGCUAGACCUUCCGGUUUGGCCUCGAAGGAUGCCGGCCGAGGAGGAACUGGGAAACUCUCCGAGCGUCGCUCUGGUCGGCCUCGGUGUAUCCUCUCCUGCUGGACUCGGAAACGGAGGACCGCCGAGUCCUGCCCACAGCGACUCCGACGCUUCCAGUUCUAGUCUCGAGCUAGGUUCCGUUCGGAGGGGUGAAAAUGCCCAACUCAAAUGCAGAUGGCAAAAUUGUGGCCGAUGGUUUACGUCAUUGGAACAACUUGCUGGACAUGUCGCGAGACUGCAUGCAGCGCCUGGUGCUCGAGGAUUGUUUUACUGCGGAUGGGAAGGAUGUGCGAGAGGUGAACGUGGAUUUAAUGCCAGGUACAAGAUGUUGGUCCACGUCCGUACGCAUACGAACGAGAAGCCACAUCAUUGUUUUCAAUGCGACAAGAGCUUCAGCAGGGCGGAGAACCUAAAGAUUCAUGCUAGAUCCCAUACUGGCGAACGACCGUACGUGUGUCCUGUCGAAGGUUGCAAUAAGGCCUAUUCUAAUUCCUCGGACAGAUUCAAACAUACCAGAACCCAUGCCGUCGAUAAACCGUACUGUUGUAAAGUCCCGGGAUGUCCAAAAAGGUACACGGAUCCUUCGUCCCUGAGAAAGCAUGUGAAAACUUACAGGCACUACGUGAACAACAAUGACAAAGUGCAGGAGAAGAAUUUCGAUGAAAAUAGUUUACAGGAUAAAACGAGAUUCGACGCUACGUCACCUGAAAAGCAAAGCAGUACCACCCAUUCCGAGUCUGACAAGAAAGACUCCAGUAUCGAGAGCAGCAAUACCUCUUGCUCGAGCCCAAAGGCGAGCAAUAGCUUCGAGGAGCAGAAAAAUUUUGUCGAAUGGAACAAUAUCUACAAUCUGCAAGAUCAACGGAAGGAACAGGAAUUGGUGCAAAAUUCAUACGGACAGGAAGUAAAAAUUUAUUCCAAGAUUUAUGACGACAGUUACAUAAUACCGGAUAGAAUUCAAGUGAAUCCGAUCUACGGAAAUACGGCUGGUAAUACGAUUAUAAAGGGAUCCGUGAUGUCCCCUCGUACCAGUCCAGGACACGUUCCAGACGCGUUGCCAAUAAGAAUCGGAAUGCAAUCGACACCGAUCAAAGCCACCGAAGAACCUAUCGAAUGUCAAAGCAAAAUAAGCACUGUUGAUUAUAGAAAUAUCGAUUCCAUCGUGAACAGUGCGCCCUGCAAGAAGGAGAGCAAUUCAAUCGUCGGUUGCGAUACUAUAAGAAACUCUGUGAUAAAACGGGCCGAAGACGUUAAGAUGGAAGUGAUCGAGCAAAAGGUAACGAAGGAGGAGACCAAAAAAGACAUGGUGGAGUGCUGCUGCCAUCACAAAUGUUGCGUUCACAACAACGACAAUAUCCUAGAAAAAACCAAAAUACUUUCGGAUCUUAUUCUCAAAUCGCAAAAUCCUCUCUUUCGACAUCUCCUUGGUUCGGUGGAUCUGCAAUAUGGUUUGCAAAAUAUGUGGAGCAAUAUCAUCGACAAUACCAAUACCUGCGGGCAAGAUCUUAGAGUCAAAAAUGAGAAUAUCACCGAAAUAGAACAAGAUCUUCCAUUGGACCUAACAGUCAACAAGUAAUGGUGUAUCUAAAGGAAAUUUCUACAAAAAUUAUCAAAAGACUUAUCUUAAUUUCUCCCUUAAUAGGCCAUCAAAUUGUAACGUAUAUAUAUGUAUGUGUAUUCCCAAGUGUUAAUCCAUUUGAAAUUGACCAAUAUCGAAAGACAAUUUUGAUAGACGAAAAAUGUACUUUGUCUCAAAUUAUAUAUACAUAUAUAUA